ACUUUUACAAAUAAAAUCAACACAGAAUUUAAUUGAUAAUAUAAUUUUGCAAUAUUUAAAUGAGAAGUUCGUGAUUUAUUUGGAAUUUCAGAGAGAAAAAUGACAACUAUUGCUAGCUAAUGAUAGCGUGUGUUGCUAGCCUGAACUUCUAUAUGGUGAUGGAGGAAAGCAGCCAGCCAGAGGGAGAACCCAAACCCUCAGCUCCAUCGCGCACUAAGAAGCCUGACAUGGCCAUUUAUGUACCCAAGGGACGUCAGGGAGAAAACCAACCCCAGUCCAGAGAAAAGCCCCAAUCAGGGGGUGAUAAGAAACCCAAAGGCAGACCCCGGUACACCGAUAAAGCCCGGAGAUACAACUCCAAGAACAAGAAGGACAAAAGCGGAGGAGAUAAAAAGGAAGCAGGGGAUGAGGGGUUUACAAACGGCGAGGACGAACCAAGCACAAAGGAAGGGGGACAAGAGAAAGAUGAACCCCGGGUGGAAAAGGAAGACGAAUCUACAGAAGAUGCAGGACAGAGGGUCUCCUCUGAGGACGUGAACACCCCAACACACACGACUGGUGAGUUAAAGACUGCAGAGACAGAGCAGAACCCGAAAGAGGAAGACAAGAAAGAGGAGGAGGGUGAUAACUGGGAUUCUUUAUUCACCGAUGAUGGAGAAUGUCUCAACCCACACCUGCUGGAAGAGAUCUCUCAGAAGGCGGGGCAUAACAAGGCGUCCAUUCAGGAGCCGCGGUUCGACUACUAUAAUUGGACGCCGGAGGACGACGAGGUGGAGCUGCGAGAGGACGAGCUGUCUCAUAUCGUGGAGAUCUACGACUUCCCUUCUGAGUUUAAAACAGAGGAUUUAAUACGAGCCUUCUGUUCCUAUCAGCAGAAAGGCUUUGAUAUAAAGUGGAUCGAUGACACACACGCCCUCGGCCUUUUCUCCAGUCCCAUAGCAGCACGAGAUGCUCUGAGGACCAAACACCCCAUGCUGAAGGUUCGUCCUCUCUCCAAAUCCUCCUCAGCCACUAAAGCCCUAGCACGUGCCUCCUCAGAUUACCUCCUCCCGGCUAAAGAGCGUCCUCAGACGAGUGCGGCUCUCGCCCGGCGCCUCGUCAUCGGCGCUCUCGGGGUGAAGAGCACGCAGAGCCGAGAGCAGCGUGAGGCCGAGAGGAACCAGCUACGGCAAGCCAGAGAGCAAAAACGACUGGCAGCCAAGCAGCGAGACGACGCCUGGGAAGGGAGGUGAAGCUCACACAGUUCGGUCACACACUCUCCUUACAGCUCUCACACACACACACACACACACACACACAGCGAGCGAAUGAGAUUCUCUCCCUCUCUCUGGACGCAGGUCUGAGGCUCACAGUGCGUUCCCUGGAUGUCGGUGUUACUGUAAUAGCGAAAUGACUUUUUUCACCAAGCUGUCCGUGUUGUCACACUGCUGGUUUCCAUGGCAAUGUUUAUAAAACGAUAUAGAACACGACACGUACAGAGUAAACCUUCUUUCUAACUACCGUUACCGUGAACGCCGUUGCAUUUUCAGAAAGUGUCGACGAAUCCCUGCCUCUGAAAUGCAUCAUUACUGUAAUCCUGUCAUGACCUGGAUGUCUGUGUGUGAACAUGGAUUUGUUUUAAAGCCACACACACACACACACACACACACAGCUGCAACACCUGACUCGUGUGUGUUCUGUUCAACAAAUCCGUGUUCACACACAGACAUCCACAUCAUGUCAGGAAUGCGGUAAUGACACACGAUGCUGAAGAGAACCGGGACUCUAGGGAAAGAAACGCGUCAAUGGUUCUGCAUUCACGCCAUUUUGACAGGAGUCAUGUAAAUAUCUUCUCUCGAGUUGUUGUCAUGGCAACAGAAUGACUCCUCCCACAAUCCCACAGACGACAGUGCGGGGGGGGAAAGUUAUGGUUCAAAAUGAAGCCACUUGAGUCAUCGAGCCUGCUGGAGGAGAGUUUAACGGAGGUGUUGGAGGUGGUUUAGGAUUGAAACCACAACAGAAAGCCUAAUGGUUAGAGCUCUCUCUCUCUCUCACACACACACACACACACACACACACACACACACACACACACACACACACACACAGGGUUAUAAUGAUGUUCAUGCAACACCACUUCUUUCUGUUCCCUUUGUAAAUAACGCGAUGGUGUGUGUUUUGAUAUCUUCAGGUUUUUAAAUAUGGUUGUUUUAUAAUGUACAGCUUUAAACUCAAAACAAAAAGCUUCUCUGUUCUGAUGCCAAAUGACACACAGCGCUCUCUCUCUCUCUCUCUGUGUGUGUGUGUGUGUGUGUGUGUCAGAAACCCGUCUUCAGACUGUGUUUGAGGUUUUUUUUAAUGCUUUUUAAGUGGGACUGUUUGUUUCUGACCCAUGAAGCACUGCUGUAAAGACUUAACUGUGAUUUGAAUAAAAAAAUUUAAACAAAAAUGAGUCUGGCU